AUGGAUUUGACUGGCAGACCCUUAAGACACUCUUUUGCUCUGAAGUAGCUGUACAAAUAGCAUUGCAGCGUUUCAUCUUCAUUGUCUGCUAUGGAUUUUGGUAUCCUAUAUGCUCUGUUUCAAAAACAUAAAGAUCUUUUCCCUAUCUAAGUUCUAGUCCUGAAGAUUCGCUGGGGAUUCAAAGAGAAGCUGAUUUUUUUUUUUUUCUGGCUUCUGCAUAGUUAUUAAGAAUACAGAGGCUGCAGGGCAAUUUCUGCUCUGGCUUUCAUCUGUGUAGCCCCUACUGUCUUGUAAACUUGCUUUCACUUUCACACACUGAUUAUUUGAGGUGAAGGGGGCCCGCAAGGCGGCUCCAAGUAACAGUUGUGUUUCUAAGGGAUGAGGCCAAAGGGGAAUCCAGUUUCCUCUCCCAGAGCUAUAAGGUAUUAAAGAUCAUCUCUGACUUAGACCCCAUCAAAUCACCUCCAAACACCUGUAUAGAUCCACUAAACUAUUUUUUUUUCUUCUCACUUUCCAGGAUGUAAGAAUUGCUAUUAGAAACAUAUUUGGGUUGCUUUUUUCUGUUUUCUUUAAAUGAAAGAGUCAUCUCCACCAGCCAUAUGGAGUGGCUCCUGCUCAGCAAAGCGUAUCUGGUGGGAAGCACAUCCAUUCAGCCUUUCACAAAUACAGACUUUAAUUCAGCAGGGAAGAGAGCUGACAGGCACCUUUGCAGCAGAUUUAAAUCAGAGGCAAAACCUCAAGCAAUACGAAGCAAUCUGAGCCUGACAACAAAGUCACGCUGACCUUCUGCCGGUAGUGCUGCAGACCCAAACGUGACUUUGGUGCUGCAUCCUCAGGAAUGACGGCACUGGGGGAAGCCAGCAGGCUCUUCCCAAUGGCUGCCUCGGCUCUGCUGCUGCCUGAUGGAGUGUUAUCACUAUGACAACCUACAGGUAUAGUGAGUGCAUGAUAGUGGGAGCUCCAGAUGACCCAGAUUGCGUGUGCAUGGCUCAGAGCUGGGCUUCCCUGCCUGGGAGGGGAGCGAGGAACACGUGGAUCCACAGGUAACUCUCCUCUGACUUUGUCCUGUCAUUUGCUGGCAAGUUUGGGAUGUGGGCAAGGUGGGAGCCUUAGAAACACUGAGUAGCUAGGAUUUUAAACAGCCUUCUCUGGGACAAGGAAAAAGAGUAAUUUUUCUCCUCUUUUUCUAGAGCUCUUUUGCUGGGCUUCUUUUUCUUCAGUAAAAGACAUGAAAGAAUAUAAGGGUACACAUCAACUCUGCCUUCUCCAGUCUGUUAAAAGAUAAAAUGCUCCCAAACCUCAUAUACACUGCCUGCCUGUGUGUGUGUGCAUGUGCAUGUGCAUGUGCAUGGGCGCAUUACUUUCCUUCACUACUAUGACAGCACAUGCUCCUCCAGAGCUAUUCACAGCAUUAGAAACACAACUCCUCCCUCCAGUGCCGUGUCUGUGUGUGCCUGUGUGUGUGUGUGCGUGGCUUGAGCUUGCUGCCACAGCUCACCCCGCUCUGAUUGUGGGGCUGACGGUCACGACGCUGCUCCACACAUCCAGGCUUCAUACAGAGGGGAGGAGUAGCAGGGAGAAGCAGGCACACAACUGACCUACAGAACCAUCGAUAACUUACUCCCUCGCAGCACAAUUGCAUAGGAAAGGGGAGGGAGGAAGGAGGGGAAGGAGGAGGAGAAGAGGGGAGAAAAAAAAAAAGAAAAUCCAGAGAAUUCUAGUCUGGCAAAUAUAGUGAAACCAAGCGGUCGGAGUUCAUUUGCUCCAGAAGAGCAGAGAAGAAAGAGGACAUUAAAUGAAAAAAAGCAAGAACCAUCUGUAGCUUUUUUUUUUCCCUGACAGUAGCAGUGUUUUAGAGGUAAAAUGAUUCCUCCGAGCAGCACGACUGAAGUCAGCGUGGAUAGUGUGGAGAAAGAGAAUGAAGUGGAGAGCACAGAGCAGCCCCCCUCUCCAGCAUCAACUACCAGCCAGGAAUCAAAGCUGCAGAAACUGAAAAGAUCCCUCUCCUUCAAGACGAAAAGCUUGCGGAGUAAAAGUGCAGACAAUUUCUUCCAAAGGACUAAUAGUGAUGUGAAACUGCAAGUAGACUUGAUGCCUGAGGUGAGCACAAGCACUGGGCAGCUCCCCAACUCAGAGAGCCAGGCAUCUUCACCCACCAGAGCCCAACAGCUGUCAGAAAACAACAAAACUCACAUCUUCCAGGAGCACAUCUUCAAAAAACCAACCUUCUGUGAUGUCUGCAACCAUAUGAUUGUUGGGACAAACGCCAAGCACGGGCUGCGCUGCAAGGCUUGCAAGAUGAGCAUCCACCACAAGUGUGCAGACAGUAUCGGACAGCAGCGCUGCAUGGGCAAGCUGCCAAAGGGAUUUCGGCGGUACUACAGCUCACCACUACUCAUUCACGAGCAGUUUGGCUGCAUCAAAGAAGUGAUGCCUAUUGCCUGUGGAAAUAAAGUUGACCCUGUGUAUGAAACUCUCCGCUUUGGGACUUCUUUAGCCCAGAAAACCAAAAAGGGAAGUUCUGGAAGUGGGUCCGACUCUCCCAACAGAAACUCUACAGCUGACUUGGGAGAAGUUCCGGAGGAAGGCAAUAGCUCUGCAGGCACCCUUGACAUAAGCAGAAAACGCAGCAACAGUGUGUUUACAUACUCUGAAAAUGGCACAGAACACUUUGGAGAAGAACCAAAAAGUAUACAUUCCCCGGGACCAUUUUAUAAAACCACAUUACAAAUGAACACCUAUGUUGCCUUGUACAAAUUUGUACCACAAGAAAAUGAAGACUUGGAGAUGAGGCCAGGGGAUAUGAUCACACUUCUGGAAGACUCUAAUGAGGACUGGUGGAAGGGGAGAAUUGAUGACAGAACUGGAUAUUUUCCUGCUAAUUUUGUUCAGAGAGUACAACAAAAUGAGAAGAUUUACAGGUGUAUCAGGACAUUCAUUGGCUGCAAGGAGCAGGGGCAGAUAACUCUGAAAGAGAACCAGAUUUGUGUGACUUCUGAAAAGGAACACGAUGGCUUUAUCAAAGUGUACAGCGGGAAGAAGAAAGGCUUUGUCCCCACAGACGUCUUAGAAAACAUCUGAUUCCAACAGGCCACUCACUGCAGUGGGAGCCCUUUGUUGGCAAUGCCUGUCUGCCUCAUCUCACACUGUGUCAACCCAGAUGGGCUGUCUUGCAGAUGUUCAGGGAAACUGAGAAAACUGUAACAACAUGAAGAAAAAGACAUUUAGACUGCCACAGCAACACUAAAAAUAUGAAAAGCUGAAUGUUUGAAAGAAAAUGUAGUCAGAAACCACCAGGGAAAUGAGAGGUCCUUGGAUUCUAACAGGAAUAAGGUAAGGGAGGAAGAAAAACAAAGCCUGGGCUGGUUUCUGGUGCAAGAUGACUGCUACAGCCCUGAUGGAGACAGACAGCUUGUUCUGAAGGACUAAACUAGCGUCCUGCUCUUGUGUCUUAGAAAACUGUUGGACUGCUUUCUUGUUUGAAGUGUGUGUUUUGGGGGAGGGGGGAAAUACCGUCCAAACUGUCCUCGUACUACAGUCCAAUGCUUGUAGUAAAGUGUGGCUGUGGUUCUACAGUUUUGUCCCCAAUACCAACCGAGUUUAAGCAUUUAGUCCUGGUGUUUAGUCUCAUAACAAAUCGGUUUGGAGACGCCAUGUGAAUGUCAGUUCGAGAAAUGCACUGUGCCCUGGAAGCUGGCAACUUUCUGUGCAAUCUUCCCAUAGGAAAGAGUAGCAAAUCUGUGUGUCCUUUGUUUUCUCUGUAUAUGAGCAAAAGCUCUCAGCGUGUGUUGAGUGUGUGCUGGCUGCUCUCAUAGGUCACAAAAAUUUCUGGUCCUUGGAUUCACAAGCCUGCUUGGAAGCAUGGCUUUGUGUUUCCUUCACCCUUACUUGGUGAUACAGAAAAUGGGUAAAAUGCUGGGAGACAGCCACAGGCUUGAAACAUUUUAUAUUUUUCUGUGUUUCUUGCACUUAAAACAUUUUAUAUAUUAAUCCUAUUUAUAAAAAAAUAAAACAGUUAUAUAACCCACUGGAAAGCUGAAAAUGUUAGGAAAGGACAGGCUGCACACAGGACUGAAGUCUGUAAUUAUCAAAAUGCAGAACUCAUGACAGAAAGGCACUCAGUGUCUCCGUGGUGUGUUCACACACCAAAGCUCUCUUCUUUAUUUGCUCAAUAGAAGUUUUGCAGAUUCAGCAGUAAAUACACCUACAUAAAUUUUUCCCUGGCACAAACCACCGUGAUCAUCCCUUGAGUCUUUUCCAUGCUUGUGAGACUGUGCAGACAUCCCUGUUUUGUCCAUAUAAGCCUCCAUCUUCUGGGCACAGGAACCUUUCCGCACUGGGGAGCAGUCUGUGGGACCUGUGGGUCUUGACUAAAUUACACAGGUCAGUCAGUGCCAAUUCUGUUGUAGAGCAGGGGCCCUAUGAUACUUGAAGACAGGGAACCUAAUUUCCAAGUAUUUAAUUGGAUGUAAUUGCAUCAAAUACAUUUAAACAGCUUAGCAUGUAUUAUGACAUAGAGAUUAGGCCCUAUCCUAAAGCUACCUGCUGAAUUCAUGCCUUCUUUGACUAGCGUGAAGCUGAAUGCCUGUCUUUUUUGUGACUAACCACAAAUUGGUGUCCUCAAUCCUGAUACUGCAUGGCAGGCUAGUAUAGGCCUUUGCAAAGUUGAUAAUCUUCCUAAAAAGAGCAGUUACUGAUUCUGUUCCCAUAUAUGGAGUCAGGUUGAAUCUGUGUUGCACAGCCCAAGUCUCAGUAACUGAGUUGCCCUGUUUGAAUUGCUGAUCUUGCUCAAAGCCUUAUAAAAUCCAGGUGGACUCUACACUUGACCAGAAAUUCUCAGAGCAGAUUGGUCUUCAGCCCCUCAGAGACAUAUUUUGCAGCUCUUAUGCAUCAUUUAAUUGCAGAGGAAGUUGCAGGGCUUCCAGCAGCUGAAACAUGGCCCUUUUGUAAUGCAACCAGUCCAUACUGAUUAUUAACAAACUCCUGGCUGAUCAAAAGUAUCUGGUUUUAUAUCUUCUGUGAGAAUAUCAGCAGAGGUUUUUUCCAUGUCAAGAAACAUCUGCUCAGCUCAUUUUCUUGAGUAACCAAUAAACUCAGUGGGAGAGGAUUCUGAUAAUCCUUAAGGAUCAAGAGGAAAAACAGUAGAGACAUAUUAAUAUAGUCUACUUUAUAAGAUUACUUUUUUAUAUAUAUUCACCCAUUCAAAGGAAAAACUCAAGUGUUUGUUACAACUAAAAUAUUUGCUAGUUUUGAUCAGGCCUGUCAAAUGGACAAAAGGAAAUUUUUAUUAAUCUAUAAAUAUGUGCUAUUGUUUACAUGAUUGCAUCAUACUGUGAUUCCCCCUUUUUCAGUCUUCUAUGACUUUGAUUUAUCCCUGCAAUGUGCAUCAUACUAUUCAAAGAAUUAUAUGAAUAUUACCUACAAAUCACAAUGGCCUUUAAUCAAUGUCAGUCUUGAUUCCUUUUGAUACUGAGCAAUAAAUAAUAAAGUGACUGAGUAUAAACAAAACAGGCCUUAUGUGGACUGCAUUACAUCUGAGAAACUAUUGCUUCUGAACCAAAGCUUUCAUGUUUAUCUUUUCUUUUUGUUUUUGGUUGGUUGGUUGGUUUUGUCUUUUUACUGGGCUUUUGCUGCCGUUCAAUAUGUAGAUGUAAUUUAUGCCUAAUUUAGCAACAAGCACAUAUCAUACAUUAAUCUUACUUUAAGCAUGUGAUUCAUUGGCUAUUUCCAUGUUUAAAGCUGAAGUAGUUUGCUAAAUUAAGGUCAUUUUACUCAAAUUUAUUUUGGAUGCCUUACUCUGAAUCCAGACAAGUAUCUCAUCACUUUUUUUACUACCAUAUGCAGUUUGCAAUAGGUACUGUGUUAGCAAGCAGUUAAAAAUCAGACAAAAGAUGGAAUGGAUUUUAUCUGACAUAUGCUCAGAAAAAUUGAAUUUUAGGAGAUAAAUGCUGCUCAGAUUUAAUUUAAUAUUCUGCUUAAUAAAGACUAUGUGAUGGU